UGUGUUCGUGUGCGUUCGUCUGUGUGUAUAUUCCUGUAAAGGCCUACGUUCUCUACGCAACGACGGCGAGGGAAACGGGGCUGCCAGACGACAGAUUCAACUCUGCCUUUCCUUACUAGAUUAACCUUCGCAAAUUUAAAUUGAAUUUGUGAAGCUAGUUGACUGCUUGUCACUGGAAUGGACGAUUUUUGUUUGACAUCGUCAGCCUAUGGCAAUGAUGUUGGCAAUACAAUAUAAUAUACAAAGAAAGAUUAGAAUAUGAGAUGAUGUUGGCCAUUUGUCUACGGCACUUUUAUCUGAAGGACGUCGCCUGUAGCUCUGGGGAUACAAUGAUCAUUUACGUGAAGACGCUAACAGGGAAAACGUUGACAAUAGAAGUCACACCUCAAGAUACCGUGGAAGUAUUAAAAGCAAAAAUACAAGACAUAGAAGGCGUACCAAUUGACCAACAGAGGCUCAUCUUCUCCGGAAACCAGCUCGAAGAUGAGAGAACACUCGAGGACUUCAAUAUUAGCUCAGAAUCUGUGUUGCAUCUAAUCCUUCGUCUGAGAGGAGGAGGCAUCCGUAUGUUCUUCCUCAACGUGGUAUUGCCAUCAGCUGAUGUGAUUCAACCGGUUGUCAACGGACAGACGACCGUUAGCGAGGUGAAAAAGCUACUGGAAGAAGAAGAUCCAUCUUUAAAGGGCCGGAAGUAUCGUCUGAUGGUGGCUCAGCAGGCGAUGGACAGCAGCAAGACCUUGGAGUAUUAUGGCAUCACGUCAGAGGCAGUAAUAAGAUUAGAAUUAACAGAAACCCGUUGCUGCGUUAUGUGAGAUUUAAUAGUUGAUAUCUCUCUGUUUGUUUCAUCACUUCUUGAUAAAGAAAAAAGGAUUUUAACAGCGCUGGAAUAAUUUGGAACUGUCUGCAAAUAUCUGUUUUAGGCACACAGGAACAAUGACACUGUCAGAUGUUUCAUGAAAGUUAGCAUUAAUAACACUGGUUAUCGCUGAAAUGAUAAGAUAAAGUAGGCUAUACAAACAUAUGUUAUCUUUAUUUGACUAUAUACAUUAAUCGAUAUCUGUAUCAAGAUUAUAUAUUCAUACAUACAUUUGUGCACACACACACACAAAGAAACACACACACACACACAGAAAGACACACACAAUCAAAUACAUGCACACACACACACACACAUACACACACAUGUAUAUAUAGAGAGAGUUGUCUUUUGGUCAAGGGGAAUCCGGAAAUAGAAUAUAAUUCUAGUAACCCAUCAUCUCUUUUUAAAAUGGAGCCUCCUAUCUUAAUUUUGCGAAACCCGGUUUAAUUCGGAGUGUCUUUCCCUUUUUGCGCGCGUGUGUGUGUAUCUUAUGAUCCCCGUGGCGUCAAUUCAUAUGCAUAUGUUUUUUUUUUUUUCUCAAGUGCUUUUAAUCAAAUAUAAGUGUAUGUCAUGUGAU